GACUACACCGUCCUUCAACGUAAAGCGCACAAGCAACAAUCUACGGGUAUGCUUGCGACAAUGUCUAGGUACAACCACUCCCAUGGUACCCUGUCUUUGACGCUUGCUGUUCAUGACACUGUUUCGAAUAUCGGAAGCAGUGGUCGACCACUCACCCCUCUGCUGAGUCUGUCCAUACCCUCCACUUCACUUUCUCUCUUUGAGCCAGAACCUCCCAGAGAUACACCUUUGCAGCUAUCCAUAAUUACUCAGCCCACUGUACUUCUGAUUGUGAGACGUAGUCAGAGCAUGCAACGUGUGUGUACAAACACAGCUUUGCCUGUGGCCCAAAUCAGCUCGUUCAACGCUCCGGAUCUCAACCCCGGUGCACCACUCACACUUGCUUCACACUGUUGCAGUGUGUCCAUCUCCUCAAUCCACUUAUCCACUCAUGCCAAUGCCAACACUCACACUUACACUUUCAGCCAGUCAAUCUCACAACCUGUGUCACAAGCGCAACAGCAACCUCUACAACUUGUGCAAUCUUACAACCCACAUACAUGCGUAAUUCAACUCGUAGGGACGGAGCAACGACUAAAACGUACUCGUCAUACACUUGAAUCCGACUCGCCCUCUGCUUAUAGUUUGCUGUAUGGCUGCCCUUCGGAUAUUCGUACACAACGUGCAGUGGCGUGCGCGAAGUGGAAAUGGCGGACUUUGCUGAUUUUGAGAUGGGUGAUGCAGAGUGAUCGAAAGGACAGGGUCAACUGCAGACGUGGUCAUAACUGUUGAGCUUCUCAAUGCCCCCGCUUUCUGGUGGUCCGUCUGGAUCUGGUCAAGGUAUGGGCCUGGCAAUCGACACCUGUAAUGCACUCGUUCGCCGCUCGAGUCUGGUCCGAUCCCAACCUCUGCCUACUCGUAUUCGCAUCACAGCAGACACGGACACUCUCACUCGCUCUCUGCACAAAUCUUAACGCAGACUGCACUAUGUAUGUGUUUCGGGUUUAUUUUCCUUAAUUAUUGUAGAUAGUGA